CUCCUAACGUUGGCGGUACUGUGUUUUGACAAGCCACCUCAUCGUUUAGGCAAAGCUUCAACAUAUUUAUGAAAUUAAUGCGAAAGUUUGCAAAGAAAUUGUAUUUGAUUAAACAUAGUAAGGUUUUUAUAAAUUUACAAUAAUAUCAUGGAUGUCCGGCUCUUAUUUUUGGCACUGUUCAUGCUCAUAUCAUACGGAAACUGUAUUAUGUGGAACUUGCAGCCAAACACACAGAAAUGUUUAAAAGAAGAAUUGCAGCAGAAUGUGCCAGUUAUUGGUGAAUUUGAAGUAUCUGAAGUACCCGGCCAGAGAAUAGAUUAUGUGGUAACAGAUUCAAAAGGACACAUAUUAGCUCAGAGACAAGACAUUAGCAAAGGAAAGUUUUCGUUCAAUACGGAAAACUAUGAUACAUACGAAAUAUGUUUUGUGUCUCAUGUGCCACCAAAUCAACGAGGAGUCUCACAAGAAGUUUCAUUGGUGACAAAACAUGGAGUCGAAACUAAAAAUUAUGAUACUUAUGGUGAGGCAGCACAAUUGAAACCAAUAGAGAAAGAACUCAAAAGGCUUGAAGAUUUAUCGAGUGCAAUUGUUCAAGAUUUUGCGUUUAUGAGGAAACGUGAAGAAGAAAUGAGAGAUACAAACGAGUCCACCAACACAAGAGUACUUUACUUCUCCAUUUUAUCAAUGCUUUGUUUAUUGGGACUGGCAACCUGGCAAGUAUUGUAUCUUAGAAGAUACUUCAAAGCAAAGAAGCUCAUUGAAUAAACAUGAUAUAAUCACUUUCUCAUUUUUGCCAACUUAAUUGUUUUUGUUUAUAGCGUUUAAUAAGUGUUUAUUUCUUUUUGUUCUAAAUAAAUUAUUGAACUGAAUCCUUUUGUAAAAAAGAGUAAAUCAAUAAAAAUAUAUAAUUUGUAA